AUGAAUCCUUCAGUGGUAGGAUCGAUUUCUGAUGAGAAUCAGGUUCCUGCAAAUGCCUCAAGGAAUUCACUUGCAGAUUCUUCUGCUAAUGAAGAAGUUGAAGAAACCUUUCCUACAUCAGCCGGGGAAUCAACAUCUUCACCUCCGAGAGUAGAUCCUCCACGACGUUCUAGUCGAGCUACACGACCUCCUACCUGGACCAAAGAUUAUGUAUGUGCUGCUCUCAACUCCCCAGCUAUUCGUGACUGGUCUUUACACCAGAUGGACGUUCAUAACGCUUUUCUCCAUGGAGAUUUAGAUGAGGAGAUAUAUAUGGACGUUCCUCAGGGAUUACGAAGACAAGGGGAGAAUAAAAACACGAAAUUGACCACAGCAGAUUAUGAUAAGGGAACUUCUCAAGAAGAUGACUUUGUUUUGGAAGAUCCUUCAAGCUACCAAAGGCUUGUCGGAAAGCUCAUAUAUUUGAUCAUGACUAGACCUGACAUCUCUUAUGCAGUGCAGACUCUUAGUCAAUUCAUGCACAGUCCGAAGCAGUCACACCUAAAUGCUGCAUUUAAAGUCAUGAAGUAUCUGAAGAAGUGUCCAGGUCUUGGAAUACUCUUGUCCAGAAGAUGCAACAUGGAGAUGACAACAUAUUGUGAUGUAGACUAUACAACUUGUCCCAUGAGUCGAAGAUCUGUUACUGGAUAUUGCAUCAAGUUAAGAGAUUCUUUACUCUCCUGGAAGACCAAAAAACAUCCUAUUGUUUCUCUAUCUUCAGCUGAAGCAGAGUAUCGAGCUAUGGCCAAAACUGCUUGUUAG